GGCACGGGGUGGCCUCAGGCAAAAAGGCCAGCUGGAAGCUUAGUGAUUAUCAGCACCGAAAAGUAAACCUGGAGUAAUCUUCUUAUCAGUCAGUCAGUCAGUCGUCGUCACUUGCUACCAGACUAUUCCAUAACUCCAGCUCACCCAUUUCACCCUCCCCACCGCUGGUUCCAGUUCCAUUCCUUGACUAUCUGCACCUCGGUCGCUUCCACUUGAGACAGAAAGACCUGCCAAUUCUUUGAGCAUCUGCUACCUAAUAAUUCCAACACAAUGGCCGCCAUCUGGGGUAACGGUGGGCAGGCUGGCCAGUUCCCGCUUGAACAAUGGUUCUAUGAGAUGCCUCCCGUGACGCGGUGGUGGACAGCUGCCACGGUAGCCACAUCGGUCUUGGUCCAGUGCCAUGUCCUCACGCCGUUCCAGCUAUUUUACAGCUUUCGCGCUGUAUAUGUGAAAUCUCAGUACUGGCGCCUGUUGACCACCUUCCUCUACUUCGGGCCAUUAAAUCUCGACUUGCUGUUCCAUGUCUUCUUCCUGCAGCGAUACUCGCGCCUUCUCGAAGAGUCUUCGGGUCGAUCCCCGGCUCAUUUCUCGUGGCUGCUGUUCUACGCCAUGGCCUCCCUGCUUUUGCUUUCGCCCUUCCUCUCGCUGCCGUUCCUGGGCACUGCGCUCUCAUCCAGCUUGGUCUACAUCUGGAGCCGUCGUAACCCCGACACUCGCCUAAGCUUUCUCGGGAUGCUGGUGUUCUCGGCGCCGUAUCUGCCCUGGGUGCUGAUGGCCUUCAGCCUGGUCGUCCACGGCAUCGUGCCCAAGGAUGAGAUCUGCGGUGUCGUGGUGGGACAUGUCUGGUACUUCUUUAAUGAUGUCUACCCGUCCCUGCACGGCGGUCAUCGGCCUCUUGAUCCUCCCUCUUGGUGGGUCCGUCUUUUCGAGCCUGCCGCUGGGGAAGGAAAUCCCGCCGAGAUUCGCUGAGCGAUGGUCCGAUCCUGAGUCUCGUCAGUGUAUAAGGCUCGCAAGGCUGUGUUCCAGGGCUGCCUGUUCCUAACGGCGCGCACGAGCCUCUUCCCGACCAGGGUUUCUCGAUU